AUGACUGUCCUCUCCCAGCCUUCCUACUACCCAGACCUUGCUCCCUGCGAUUUCUUCUUGUUUCCAAAAUUAAAAUCAAUGCUGAAUGGCAUUAAGAACAAUUCGUCACUGGCAUUGAAGGAUAUUCCUAAAGAAGCUUUACCAGGACUGCAUGGUAAAGUGGAAACACCGCUGGAACAAUUGAACGUGCACCAAAGAUCACUAGAGGCGGCAGGUGGUUCAGCACCUAGUCCUGCGUCACCGAGGCCAACCCCACAACCACGGCCACCCCUUGCGACAACCACUUCUCAGCCCACCAGAACGUUAGACGACGAUAGAUCAACGGACGCCGUAGGUACUGGGACUGCCGCGGAGGACUCAGAUGACGGUGAAAGCAGAGCGCAAUAUGUAAAUGCGAAUUGUGUGGUUUUCACGCAUUACCGAGGGGAUGCUGCGUCUGAAGUAGAGGAACAUUUUCAGAGGGCACUAGCACACGACAAACUAAAAGAAAAUAUCUCACCUAUGUCUAUGAGGAACUUCCCAGCUUCCUUCUGGGACAGUCAGCAUCCUGGUCAAGGCUAUGAGUAUCCAACGGAUCCAUGGCAUCCACAUUAUCCACAAUAUCACCACAGGGCUGUGCACGAGUAUCACCACCAUAAUAUGGCGGCGGUGACGAGUUACGGUGGUCUGUUGUUGGGUGGUGCACGAGGACUCGGCCACCAUACGUCCCACCAUGCGGCGCACCACGCGCACGCCGCGGCCUCCUACAAGGACUGGACGUCGGCGACGCCGUCGCAGUCCCUCGUCGACGCUUCCUCCGCACCCCCUUACCCUCACGGGCCGUAUGCACCCCUUUCUGGUCUCGAGUCGCAAGUACAGGAUUCGAAAGACCUCUACUGGUUCUAG